AUGAGUAACAACGACAUUGUCACCAUUACACCCAAUGUGCUGCCAUCUCUCGAUACGGUGAGUCAUCAAGUAAGCAACAAUGGUGCUGGCGCUAUUGUUACCUUUUCAGGCUGCACACGAGAUACGUUUCAAGGCAAACGCGUACUUCGCUUAGAGUAUGAAGCAUACGAACCCAUGGCUAUCAAGGUGUUGAAGGAGUUGAUUGCUGAAGCACGUGCCAAGUGGGAUUUAACACAUGUGGCCAUUUACCAUCGAACAGGCGUGGUUCCCGUUUCCCAAGUGAGCGUCAUCAUUGCCGUAUCAUCCGCUCAUCGUGCAGAAGCCUUUCGUGCAUCCGAAUACCUGAUUGAUACACUCAAGGAGCGAUGUCCCAUUUGGAAGAAAGAAGUUUACGAAGAUGGAAGUGUUUGGAAAGGCCAAUGCUGUAAUCACAAUCAAGCAUAG